GGGAACCCGGACACUUCAGUGGGACUCACAGCUCUCUGCUCCUGGGGAACAGGCGGCUCUAGCGCCCCCCUAAGUUGACAACCCUCCAUCCACUCCUCGGGUGCAGGACCGCGGCUCUGUCAGUCUCCUCUCUCCGCUCUGAGCGCCCGGCGAUGCGGACCUGAGCAGGUGUGAGCAUCGUGAAGGACGAACGGAGACGGACGGACGCUACCGGAGGGAAAUCCAGGCAGUCCUGCUAAUGUUCCAUCAGCUGAGCUUUUAGCACCAGGUGGUUCUCACUUCAGCAUCAUGCUGCACCUCACCCUGCUCCAUCUCCUGGUUCUCUCACUCUCUCCUGCAGAUGCAUCGUUCCAUGGGGAGGUACCUGACUUUUAUAGUGAUGAAGCCUCAGGUUUCGGGCCAGUGUUUGAGGAGCAGCCGGUGGACACCAUCUACCCCGAGGAGUCGCCUGAGGCCAAAAUCAUACUAAACUGCCGCACUCGGGCCAAUCCACCUGCCACAUACAAAUGGAAGCUGGACAACUUGCACAUUGAUCUGACUGAAGAGGGCAGCCACUACAGUUUAGCAGGAGGCAACCUGGUCAUCAGCAACCCUCUCAAAGCCAAACAUGAAGGGGAUUACUCCUGCAUGGCUUCCAACAUGUUCGGCACGGUCGUCAGCCAAAAGGGCUCGGUCCAGUUUGGAUAUCUGGAUCUUUUCUCGUCAGAGGAGCGGGAGACGGUGAAAGUCAAAGAGGGACAGGGGGCAGUGCUGCUCUGCGCUCCCCCGCCACAUCAUCCAGCCGAGCUGUCGUUCCGAUGGAUCCUCAACGAAUUCCCCACUUUCAUCCCUCUGGACCAGCGGCGCUUUGUCUCCCAGUCAAACGGAAACCUAUACAUCUCCAAGGUGGACUCAUCAGACACUGGCAACUACUCCUGCAUCGCGUCCAGCCCGUCCAUCUCCAAGAGCGUUUUCUCCAACUACAUCCCUCUAGUGCCUCAGGCCGAACGUCCCAUCAGGAAAUACCCUGCUGACCUCAUUGUCAAGUUCCCAGACACCACAGCACUGGUCGGGCAGAAUAUCACCUUGGAGUGCUUCGCUUUGGGAAACCCUGUUCCUGAGAUCCACUGGAAAAAGUUGGAGGGGCCGAUGCCGCCCAAUCACGAGAAGGCGGGGGCUCAUCUGCACCUGUACAAUGUGCAGUUUGAAGAUGGCGGCACGUAUCGGUGCGAGGCGGUGAACUCGAGAGGGAAAGACUACCACACUGCACGUGUGUCUGUAGAGGCUUUUCCUGAGUGGGUAGAGCACAUCAGCAGCACAGAGAAAGACCUCAAUAGCGAGUACACCAUGUCCUGCGAAGCCAGCGGUAAACCCAAACCACACAUCCGCUGGCUGAAAAACGGAGAACCGCUCGACAGGAAAGAGAUGAAGUUCAGCAGCCUGAAGUUUGACGACUCGGGGAUGUACCAGUGCAUAGCGCAGAAUCACCACGGAGUCAUAUAUGCCAAUGCAGAGCUGCGUGUGUUUGCCUGUGCUCCCACGUUUGAACACAACCCAGUGAAGAGAGUCCUGGUGGCUAGAAACGGCCGAGUGGUGAUCAAGUGUCGACCGAAAGCUGCUCCAAAGCCGAACUUCUCCUGGAGCAAAGACACAGAGCUGCUCUCCAACUCUACCAGGGUGUUCAUCUUGGAGGACGGGAGCCUGGAGAUCCUCAACGUGACGCGAGCAGAUGAAGGCAGGUACACCUGUUUCGCUGAGAACGACCGGGGCAAGGCCAACAGCACGGGCGCUCUGCUGGUUACAGAGUCCACAAAAAUCACCUUGGCGCCUUCCAACGCUGACGUGAUAGUGGGUGAGAACACCGUGAUGCAGUGCACCGCGUUGCACGACUCCUCUCUGGACAUCACCUUCAUCUGGUCGCUGGACGACCACAUCAUCGACCUGCACAAGGAGAGCCAACACUAUGAACGCACGCCGAACGGGAGUUCGAACGGUGAGCUGCUGAUUAAAAACGCCCAGCUGAAGCACGCUGGACGAUACAGCUGCACUGCGCAGACCCCUGUCGACAACAUUACCGCCUCUGCCCACCUGGUUGUCAGGGGUCCCCCAGGGGCCCCAGGUGGGUUGCGAGUGGUGAACAAAACCGACAAUAACGUGAUGCUGCAGUGGAGCCGAGGAGCAGACAACCACAGCCCCAUCUCCAAAUACACCAUCCAGUACAGGGAUUCCCUCCAGAACGACGUCUGGAGGAACGCCACUACAUCUCCUGCAGAUGUAGAGGGGAACACAGAGACAGCUACCGUGGUGGAUUUGCUCCCCUGGACCGAAUAUGACUUCAGGGUGAUUGCCACCAACACCCUGGGGACAGGAGAUCCGAGCAGCCCGUCGCCCAAAGAAACAACCCUGCAAUCAGUUCCUGUGGUGGCGCCCUCGGACAUCGGCGGGGGUGGAGGGACCAGCAGAGAGUUGACCAUCACAUGGACGCCGGUCCAGCCACAGUACUACUAUGGCCCAAACUUUGGCUACAUCGUGGCCUUCAAACCUCACGAUCAAAAUGAGUGGAGGAGGGUGAUAGUGUCCGACGCCCAGGCCAGCCGCUACGUCCACAAAGACUUGUCCAUCGUCCCUAUGACCAAGUUCCAAGUCAAAGUCAAAGGGUUCAACAGUGAAGGAGAGGGACCCUACAGCCUCACAGCCAUCAUUUACUCUGCGCAGGAUGCUCCAUCUGAGGCUCCUGUGAGCGUCGACAGCAGAGCUCUCUCUGCCACAGAAGCCAUUGUGUCGUGGCUGCCGCUCUUACAAAGCAAUAUAGAUGGAUACCAGGUGAAGUACUGGAGGAAUCAGGAAGACGGCGAGGGUGGGGCACAGAGGGUGGUGGUGUCCAGCAAGGAGAACCACACCAGGUUGGAGGGUAUGAAGCCCGACUCCAUUUACCUCAUUGAGGUCAGGAGCUACAACUCUGCAGGAUACGGGCCGCCCAGCGAACACAUCCAGAUCCACACCAAGAAAUCCCCUCCAAGUCGACCCCCAAAAAUAAUAGCUAAAAAGUUAAAGGGCCAGUCUGUAAAUAUUGCCUGGGAACACGUUGAACCGCUGGAUAACGAGGCACCGAUAGAUGGCUACAAAGUGCUGUACAGGCAGCAGGGUCACUCCACAGGCACCCUGUACACAACAAGUAGGCGGUACAUAGAUCUUCCCCUGCCUGCAGAUGGGAACUAUGUGGUGGAGGUCCGGGCGCACACAGAAGGAGGAGACGGGGCCGUGGCACGAAUCCACAUCACAGGUGGGGGUGUGAUGGCUGCCCAGUCUCUCAGCUUACUUUCCCUGCUCCUGGCAGCUCUCCUCUGCCUGAACCUCUGAAUGUAGCGCCAUCUUUGUCUUCACUCCUUGUGAAGAAGACUCUUUAAGGUAGACGCCUGUUAAGGACUUUGGGAUUUUCCACAUUCUCUCGGUUCCACCCUACAACCCUGGACGUCGUAUAUUCCAACUCUUCCCCUCUGGAAUUUGUUUGCGGGAAAAGACAGAAAUGGAAAAAAAUUGGAAAUGGACAAAGACAUCCCUUAUUUAUCCACAAAAAAACACCUCUUUGGAGGAGCGUCAAAAGGAGUUCUGUCUACUUUUUAAAUAUGCCUUAUAUAAACGACUGCACUUAUCUUUCACAGUGACCUGUUUUUAAAUGGAUAGUGGUUGAAUAUGUGAACAUUACAUUUUACACAGGUUGGUAGUUUCAUGUCUGUAACAUGUUCUAGUCCAUCCUACAGUGCAUUCCACAGUUAAAGUAAACAAGUAGCUGUGAAGGAUAAGUGAAUACGUUUAUAAAACUGUCUUUGUCUUUCUUUACUUGCAGUUCAGUGGCAUUUUCUUAUGUUUUCUUUUCUAAAUGAAGCACAUAUACUCUCUUACAGAGAUACAGUCAAAGCAAAUCUCAGCCUUUUACAUACUUGAUUUUAUAACAAGCAUCAUAGAGAAGAGCUAUUCAUGUCAUGCUGAAAUAAUAUAUCCAAUAAUUGAUAUUGUUUUGCUAUCUAAUAUACUAUGGAUGUAUUGCAGAGACAUAGAUUGGUUUGACCUGGAAUCAGUGCUUAUUCACAAAUCACAACAUGAACUCUAGACCAUAUUCACACAGCAGCCAUUUUCCUCUGAAGUCAUGCUCGGGGUGGGAAGCUCAAAUGCUGUUGAAACAAAAUAAUGUUGUGUUGCUGUGCUCCGUGUUGAAAACUCAUAUAAGAGAGAAUCUGACAAACUAUUUUCAUUUCUCUACCGAUUGUCUUUUCAGUUGCUGAUCAGUUAGGAAGCAGUGAAAUGAAAACAGUUUGUCAGAUUCUCUGUGUUUAUGUGACUUAUAAACCUGGAUCACUGCAACACAACAUUAUUCUGUUCAUAACAGGAUUAGCCCUUUCCAGACGAAUCGUGCCGCCAGAGGAAACUGGCUGCUAUGUGACCAUGGUUUAUUAAACCACUUUAAAGUUGUGUGCAUGUUGACAUUGUGACAUGAAAAUGUGUUGGGGAGUGUUAAAACUGAAUGUAAAGAAAUCCACGGGACCAAGUGAACAUAUCAAACAUAUGGAACACUUUGUUAUUGUGACUGCUGAUCUACCACCUGUAGUUAUACUUGUACAUCUGUGCAGCGAUCAGCGCCUCAACAUCUGGGUCAAUGUCGUAACCGAUGCUUCAAAAAAACAGCUAAAUUAGAAGUACUUUUGUUUUGACUGUAUCACGAGGACCACAGUGGUAGAAGCUGGUGCUUUGUAAAGAAUGUUGGCUUUUUUCUUAUUACAUUUUCAUUUCGUCUCUAAUGUAUGGCUUCGUGUGAGAGUCACUAUUAACAGCUACAGUGAAGAGUAGCGACGCUCAUGCCCUCCAGUAAUUGUGCAAUGUCUGAUUCAUGUGGCUGACUUUAUAUAUUUUCCAAUAUGACAACUUGCCUAGCUCCUUUAAAAGUAAAUGUACUAUAUUUAAUCUUUUCAUUAUCUUGUUUUAACAGAAGGUAUAAGCAAAGGCAUCCAUGUCGGCGGAAAGAGCCAAAGGUCAUGACAUUGUUUUCGCUCCAUUAUUUGUAACUUUUUUUUAACAAAGAAAUUUAUGAACAUUAUCAGCUGUUGUCAUUUUUUUGUUCAUGAUUAAUAUAUGUGUAUGUCUUCAAAGUUUAAAUGUUAAUUUCCCUCAACGACAAAUGCUGCGUAUUGAAUUCCUGCGAUUCACGUGUUGUGUGACUGAUGCUGGCCAUGCUUCUACAUUGUGACUAUAUCAACAUCCACCACAAAGUGCUUUUGCCGGUCAUUUCCUUCAUGCAACAAAUCAAAACAAAAGAAGAGUUGCCAAAUGCAUGAAUGCCGAGAACCUUGACUGACAUUUUGGUCGAGGCGGCGACUCUACGCUCUAACAUGCAUGACAUUGCAGAUGAAGUGUACAUUACUUUGCAACAAAUCGACACCAUAGCGACUUCUCAACCUCUGUGCUUCAUCUGAAAUACAUUCCACUACUGAGUGACAUCGCUGUAUGUCAGAGACAGUAGAGAUCUAAGCCUGACACGGGCUUCACUCAUCUCAUGUGACGUUUUAGGGUGAGUUUUAAAGAGAAAAAUCGAACUGAAGGAAUCUCACUCGUAAAAGCUCAGACAUGGUCUCUUGCACACGAUGGUUGAUGUUUGAUGGCAUCACUGGAGGCAGUGGCAGCGUGUUUGGCUGUUCAGUGCUCCACUGGACAUGAACGGUACAUGUGAGGGCUGAAACUGGAACUUCUCAUUGGCUGGAUAA